AUGGUUGUGUAUAUGAUGAAGGUUCCAAGUACUUAUUCAUCAACUAGAUUAAUACUAUUACGUUUCAUAUUUUUGUUAGCUUUAUCAUAUAGAACAAACUCAUUGGUGAAACUUGCACCAAAUGUUACAGUUCCUGCAAUCAUAGCUUUUGGAGAUUCGAUAAUGGAUACUGGAAAUAACAACCAAAUCAAAACAAUGGUCAAGUGCAAUUUCCCUCCUUAUGGUCAAGAAGAAUUGGAGUGUUCAGUGCAGCACCUAUUUGAUACUUACCAUCACAGAGGACAUUAG